CCGGAUACACUGUGCGCUGCUAUAGGGGACAAGCGUCAAUCCGUUUACGUACCGAUUAACACUGCCACUUAUCGUAAUGCCUACCGAAGAUGAGGCAAACAGCGAUAACAAAAACAACGGUAGCAAACUGCCGAUCACGAACUCACCCAAUGCUCCUUCGACGCCACGUCAGUAGAACAGCAGGCGAUAUCUUCCCUUAUGAACACUAACAUGACAGAAGGAAAAACCGAGAAAACACGGCCUGGACAUGAACCCCUUGCUGACCCUUUUCUGCUGACGGCCACGUGUCAGGGAAUCUUUGAAACGAUCGACUGGGAUCGCCUACAACGAUCAUCUCAACAUAAGGUGUCGCAGCUGUGUAAGGUGUGCGGGGAACCGGCAGCGGGAUACCACUUCGGCGCGUUUACCUGCGAAGGCUGCAAGUCGUUCUUCGGGCGAACGUACAACAACCUCUCGGCGCUCGGCGAGUGUAAAAACAACGGCCAGUGCAUCAUUAACAAGAAAAAUCGAACUUCGUGCAAAAGCUGCCGUCUAAAGAAAUGCCUUUUAGUCGGCAUGUCUAAGAGUGGGUCACGGUAUGGUCGACGUUCAAAUUGGUUCAAAAUCCACUGCUUAAUUCAGGAUCAGGCCGAAAUGAGCACCCGAUUGGGCGAACAGCAAGCCCUUUAUGAGAAGCAAGUCGAUACGCUCACGCGUCGCCAGUCGCCUGCAUCACCUGUGGUAGAACGGCCGAGUCUUUCGCCUGUAACUUACCCGCCGCCAAGCUCAUCAGCGGGCACCACGACUUCAACGGCAGCUCGGAGUCCAACUCCGUCGGAAGCCACGCCGUUGUCAAAGAAGCAACACAACCAUCCAAGUCAGCAAAGCCAUUCACCUGAGACCCUACUUUUCCACCCGUCGUCGCCUGUGUCACCGAUCUCGCCGAUGACACCGUCAAAGUUCCUAUUCCAGUCGGCUGCCCUCUUAGGCAAACACAAAAUCUCUGACUUUCCGUAUUCGCUCGCUUCACGGUAUCAGGCUGCGGCAGCUGCGGCAGCCGCUGCGGCUGCGAAUGGGCUUCUCCAACUACCGCCCGGACUUCCGACGGCACUCAAACAGCGGCCUGACAUCUAUCCGCUGUUUGGUUUGCCCUCGCAACCUCUUCUAAUGAACAUGAACAGCUCAGACGAAGAGUUCGGCAUUGGCGAUGUGCCCGAACAGGACACUCCGAUCGACCUCAGCCUAAAGAAGGACACGUCCACUGAUAAUGCCUCGAGCUGUGAGAGUGAUAUUGACGUCGACGAUCGCAAGUCGCACAGCGGCGUCCUAACGCCCACUUCGGAAGAAACAUCAGACUGUGCCCCUCACUGUCCUCCCAUCGAGACGAUCGUACCGUCGACACCACUCGAUCUUACCGGACCGACCAUCAAAAGCAACUAAACAACCGGUACUCCAGAAACUCUAGCACCAUCAGUGACGAUAGCUAUCCCUUGCAGCGCAGUUAACAAUUCCCCCCAUCCCCACGGUGACUUUAUCGUACAUUAGCAGCAAAACCCUGUUAUCGGCAAUUUACCAGCUACAGUACUGUGUUUAUGGCAUAGAUCGACAACCCUUUGGCAAAAAAUAUCAUGACGAAGAUGAAGCCGCUCGCCAGUUCUAGUACGUUGGCUGUUUUCAAGCUUACGUCCGCUUCCAAAAAGACUCGAGUACAUGAAUUAAAGCAAAUCCAUUAAUCUAUAUCAUCUCGAAUGAACAUCAAUAUAUAUUGACGAGGCCGCGUAGACAUUCAUGAAAAAAAAAAAAAAAAGCCUGUUCCAGGAGCGAGUCAGUCACGGGCAUCGGUCACGCCAUUCUUCUUGUUAUCAGUCAUUUGACGUUCCUAGGGUUAUAUUUAUUCGGAAAGCUGAGUGUUUGCAAGAUGAUGCCAUGCGAAUGGUAAUUGUUUGUCUAAUGGUCACCAGAACGAGCGGGACGAGGCGUGGUAAAUGGUUAUAUGAAGCCCAUAUCCAUCGGUUCAGAUGCGUGUAAAAUGAAACAUGCUAAUGAAAGUUAAACAUAUAUAUAAUUUGCUUACCAAAGCCGAAGAAGUUGAUGAUGAAAAACUAGAACAAAAAAUAAUUAGUAAUGAGAAAUAUGUUGUGUUGUUGACUUUCUUGUAUUACUAAUAUUUUAUAUAAUUACAAUAUCAUCAAAAGAGUACGAUGUGUAGAAAACAACUGUCUGUACGAAAGACCGAGUAUAAAGUAGACAAGCGAAUCUAUCAAUAGGUAGAACUAUAAGCAAAACCUAAUAUAUCUCACUUAAAUCAACGCAUGAGACUCACAAUAAAUCGUAUGAAAAAAAGAUUCGCGACACACGGUUAUGUUUUUGAGAAUAACAACAACAACAACAACAACAGCAACAGCAGCAGCAGCAGCAGCAGCAGCAGCAGCAACAACAACGUCACCAACAUGGCUGAUUUCCUUGCCUUCUUAGAGAAGGCCACAGCCACCCUAACAUUUUGGCUACCGAAACACUCGUUUAUGAAUUAGGUUAUGUUCUCGGAGAAGCUGCGAUUAAGAAUGUGUUUGCUCGGACUUAACACCGUGGCGCAGUUUCUAUUCGCGUAACGUUUGUACGAUAUGUCUUGGCGCUUUUUCCGGAUGUUACAUCUGAAUGUACUGUCCGCAUUGAAUAAUCAGUUAUACCCUUUGUAAUUAGAACAUUUCAUGAAAUGAUACAUAGUAGUGUUCUAUUGUACAGACUGAUAUACAAAUGCUGUUGACGUUCCUAAACUACCCCUUAUUCAAGUCGUUGUUGGUGCUGAUAUCUUGUUGUUGACGUUGUUGACACUAAUCAUGAGGGCAGACGUCAUGCUUUUUAUCUAAUAUAUAUGUUUCCGCUGGUGCGACAAUGCCCGUUUCUGUUUGGGUCUGUCUGACGUCGGCCCAGAGCCGACACAGUUCACGUGCGCCAGUUGGGCAUCAGCUAAGGGUCGCUUUAUAUUAACAAUGAAUCGGAAAGAGAGUCCACACGUCAGCCUCAGUCCACGUGUUGACUUUGUUGCCGAGUUUUAAUCAGGGUAUGCCGGAACGGUUCACUCGAACUAUGGAUAUAACUAAGGCGCCGACAAGUUCUAAGUUGUACAUUGGGCUCGAACACGGAGGACAGACCAAUUUAGAAUCUAUACUGUAGACAACCUUAUUCGAUUGUGUCGUCAUUCUAUUCGUUUCAUCUGUUCAUGCUGAUGACUGAAUGUGUCACACUGUACUGUAAAUGAGCAUGCCUCAUAUUUCGCAUUGUUUUAGCAUAUUAUACCCAUCUGAUAACCAAGCCAGAUUGAAUUCUACUAUUAACCAGUAAUGGCCACUUUAUUCGAAUCAGGCCAUCACGUCUUCACUAUAGGCGCGACUGUUGAAUACAGCCACGGUAAAUGCGAAAGACGGGCCCACUAUCUGCCUACAACAACUACCUAUUCUGCCACAGUAACAGGAGGAAAUUAGCAAGUUGUUUUUUUUUUUUUUUUUAUUUGUAUACCUCUGUACGCUAUCAUACAGCAGUCAUGCCGGGGUUCUACUGCCUUCACGUGCCGAAAACUCCAUCAGCAAGAUAUGUCGCCCUAUCAAACGCUGCUCUUUCCAACCGCCGGGCUGUAAAUACUAUAGAAGCAUACUGACUACUGACUGGUAGAUGAUUAUCUGUCCUCGUCAACUUGAGUGUUACUUCGCUGUUCGUCAUACUGAAUAUUGUUCGAAGCUAGUUAGUCAGUAGAAAACGAAGGCGGGCAGGGACCAUUUUUUAAUAAGAUGAUUUGGUGAAAUACGUUAAGCGGAGGACCACCUUGAGUAUAGACUGCGUCUGGCAAGUUAAUUAAUCAUAAUUAUUAAACGAUAACAUGGCGAUACUACGAUGAUAACUAUCGCAGUACUAAUGUGUGAAAACUAGGUAGGAGAAAUUGUAAUGUAUGAUGUUUGGCGAUUGUUGUUGACACAUAUAUAUAUAUAUAUAUAUAUAUAUAUAUAUAUAUAUAUAUAUAUAUAAAAGUAUUGGUACAUGAGAAAAGCAGAACGAAUGGCUUAGUUUUAAAGGGUGAAAGGCGCAAAUGGAGAUAAUGCAAUUUUAAUGAAACCGAGUAACGCGUUUUGUAGGUCAGCGCGACGAUAAAUAAAGCGCCAAAAGUGGCGACGUGUUCCUACCUGGAUUACAUAUAAGUGAAGUACAAAAAAAAAAUAACAUAACUGUUGACGCCUCAGUAUUAUCUAAUCGUGGAACGCCGGUUUAGAAGUAAGACGAUUAGUUCCACGACACGAAAAUGGAAAUAGUUUGAUAUUCUUAUGACGACCUAUAACGAACUAGGAACAAAAAUUUAACAGUAACUGCUAGAGCAGGUCUUCUAAUAGGGAAGUUGCUGUUAGACGACAAUCCUCGUAUUAUACUUGCACAUUCAAUUUCUGUCAUUAUUGAUAUAGGUGAGCCUUUGAUGGCAUCUGUUUCCGCGUUACAUGCACGAGUUGUACGGCCAGAUCAGAUACAAGCACGGAAUUGUUAUGUUGUUAGUCUGGCUUUUGUAUUCAAUUUCUGUCGGCAUUGUAUGACAAUUGUUAUCCCUUCGGCACGUCUUCAAUUCGUGCAGACUCUCGUUUGAUAACAUAUUUACAUUGGCAACAGAAUCUCCAUUAGGAAUUAGAGGCGAAUCAUAAUACAACAAGCCGAUUGAUGCACAAAUGUAAACCAUAAACUGUUGAUCACUAGACGUACACAGAAAAUAUUCAAAGCUGAGAGGGCGCCUGCGUGGAAAGGUUGUGAAACUUGCUUGAGUCUAUGAAUAUAUAUCACCCUGUAGACCCUGGAACAAAUCGAGUCUCUGAAGUGCGAAGAAUUUCACAAACUAAAAACAAAUACCGCAAAAAACUAAUACCAGUGCGAUUUUUUUUUUGCAUAUUCUUAAAAUAACUACUUAGACUUCGACGGAAGCUGUGUUGUACUUUUAGUAAUAAAGAAUAUUAAUUAUAAUAUUGACUUGCCACGCUAUUUAGCGACUUUAUUAAA